UUGUAUCUGCCGCCUAUGGGACUUGGUCUUCGAGAAAAUGGCGUCUCGCUCACCUCUGAGUGUGAGAUGCGGAGACAUUUUCCUGUAGCUACUGCACUAGUGUAUAUCUGGCAGCCCGGGUGUAGAAGUGCGGAGAGGAUAGCGGAGGAAAUUAAGCUUUCCCCCUCCCUUCCCCCUCUCCCCUUCCCUUCCAUGGACCGCAAGCGGAAGCUGAUCUGUGACACCUUCAAAGUGAAGAAACAACGAAAAGAGGCCGAGACUGUGAAACCGGAUUUCAGCGCAAUCCCCUCACCUUAUCCAGAUUUUACAGAGGAGCCCCAAGAAGCUGUAUUGUACCUGUGUACUCUCUUCCCACGUAAGCUGUACAAUGACUCUCUUCCGCCUAUUUUUCUGAGGCACCAAAUGUACAGUCUCAUACAAGACCGCACGACUGCAGAUAGACUGUUGAGCACUUUGCAGCAGAAAGGCGAGGUCUGCCUUGUCCAGCCAGGGUUUGAUGCUGACACUUUCCUAGUGGUUAUGAGUGAGGAUUUGCGUCGAACUGUCAUCAAAAGCGUUGACGGGAGUUCUGGAGCCCCUGUUGUCCACAAGUUCCUGGACUCCAGCCUCAUUGCCUCCUCUAAGAUCAGCUACAACAGGGAGGAAAUGAUGGAGAAGCACCGAUUCAGCGAUGGAGAGAUCACGCAGCUGGUUCACGCCGGGCUGCUCACAGUGAGGGAUGCGGGGAGUUGGUGGCUGUCCAUCCCUGGUGCCGGGAGGUUCAUCUCACAUUUUAUAAAAGGGCGGAAGGCCAUUCUCGCUCAGAUCAGCAGAUCUCGAUAUAAAGAAGUCCUGCUCACAGAUCUCUCCACUCGUAAACCUCCCCACUCUGUCCGGUUAGGAAUGGAGUAUCACAUCCAUGACAUCAUAGGGGCGGGGCUUGUGGACUGCAUCCCCACACCCUCUGGAAGUCUCCUCCGCUUAUCAGACACGUAGCGCCAUGCCUCUUCCCAUCCUUGUACUUUGUAAAUCACCUUUUUUCUGUUUCUAUAGCCUUUAAUUCUGAGCCAGAGCAGUGGAACCUAUAUACAGAAUGAACCCUCUUCUCUUCCAGAUGUGGGACAUGUCUGUAUUCAAUUCUGCAAUGAAUUUGUGCCAUUUUUAUUUCUGUGUAGAUAUAAUAAAGUAAUAUAAUAUAAUUUAUUAAAGUAUUUCAUGAUGUA